AUGUCACUGGAGGUCCACCCCGCGUCUCCCACCGAUGCGCCCGAACUCACGCAAGUCUUUUACGCCAGCUUCCGUAGCGACCUUGACACAACCAUGUUCCCAAACACGCCGGAUGUGACGCAAUGGUGGGAAAAAUAUUUCAGCGCCGUCAUCACGGGCUCAAUUGCAGGCGAGACCAACGAUGUAUUGCUCAAGGGGACGGAGGGCUCGGAGAAUGGCGGGACUGUUGCAUUCGCGAAAUGGAAGCGUCCUGUGUCGGCUGCAGAUCGCGGUCAGCAUCAAGAAAAAAUUGUGUGGCCUGCUAGUAGUGAUAAGGAGCUUUGCGAUCGAUUUUUCCAUGGCAUGGAGGUGCGGCAUGAGAAGUGGAUGGGGGAUCGGCCUCAUUAUUAUCUGGAUAUGUUGGGUGUUCACCCUUCCCAAGAAGGCAAGGGCCUUGGGUCGAAGCUCCUCAGAUGGGGUCUCACACGCGCUGAUGCUGAGGGUGUGGAGGUUUAUCUGUCUGCGUCUCCAGCUGGGAGACCCUUGUACUUGAAAUAUGGUUUCCGCGAGGUUGAUUCUUUCGAGCCAUAUCCCGACUACGUGCAGGUAGCGAUGAUACGCUCCCCGAAUGGCCAAUAG